UUGAAUGUGCCUAUCCCUUAUAAGAAACUGCGUUGAGUUAGUCGAUUAUUGUCGAUAUUAGUCAUUGUGGAGAGACCGGUGAUUCUUCAAGGAUACUGUCAUAAUGGAGGAUGAAAAACACAACGUUUCAGCUGUGUCGCUUUCAGUGUCUUCUGAAUAUUCAGAAACAAUAUUGUUAACUGGAAGUUCGUCACUUCUUAUUGUAGCGGUCAUAGUAAAUAUACUGGCUCAUUUUGUGAUCGCGUCCAUAUUAGUGAAGUCUCGUUCUUUCCGUCAAAGCCGACAUUUUUAUAUCGUCAGCGUAGCUCUUUCCGACUUUUGCACUGGAUUGACAAUACCUUUUUCUAUCUCUGAAUCUAUGAAUUCCCACUGGACAUUGGACCCUUAUCUGUGUCCUGUUUUCUUAGUGACAAGGCAUUCUAUGAUGUUAGUUUCUCUUUUAAGUGUUUUGCUAUUUACUUUUGAUAGGUGGUGGAGCAUAAGUUUCCCUCUGUCGUAUCGAACACGCCAGAGUCGACAUAAAGCAGUCAUAGUGCUGAUAAUAGUAUGGAUUUUUUCGGGGAUUGUCCACAUCCCUGCAAUUUUUGUAUGGAACUCUCAGUACAUCAACAAUGAAUACAGAAUGACAUAUUGUUUGUAUCCAUAUCGAUUUGAUCAAAUUUACGCAGUUUCCUUGACGAUGCUUGAAUUCAUUUUGCCAGUGUUCUUCCUCUUAGUUCUAAACGCCUCGAUAUAUGUUUUAUUGGUAAGGUGUCGUGACGUCACGAAACUAAGAAGGUCACUGAGUACAAAUGAAAAAGCGGUGCGUAGUCGUCAAGACACUUACCAUUAUUGUUGUCUUCCAAACUGCAAUUGUCCAUCGAAAUCAAUCAGAACUCAGUCGACAAGGGUGUUACAAAGUGUCAAAAGCCACAGUUCAUCCGAACUCCACGUAACAUCGCCAUCAAACAGUGCCAAUUCACAUACUAGAAGCAAAUCUCUAGAUGCAGGAACUACUCUAGCUAUUUCUAGUCAGUACAGUUUUUCACGGAAGGAGAGUGAUAAUUUGGUAAGAGAUUUUCUUUCACGACAAGGUAUGAGAGCAGUGUGUUCGGUUGGUAUUCUCACCAUUGUCGCCAUUUUGUUCCGCUCGCCAUACAUUAUCACCUUAUUGUUCGACGUGUUUUCUUACCCUGUGCCUUGUGGAAUUCUAGCACUUCUACAGAAUUUAUCAUUGAUAAACACGGUGGUCAACCCUUUUCUUUACAAUCUAGGCAACAGAAACAUUAAGAAAACCUUGAAAACUUGUAUCAAGUCUAAACUGAAAAAGACAGAUAAGCUUGAAGAAAAAUUGUCAAGUAUGUAUUGUAUUCUUGAGAGAAGUGGUAAAGUGUCUACUAUUCUUCAGCAAAGAGCCUAAAUAUGCUGUUCCAUAUGCUGUAUUCUUCUAUGAAUUUCAUAUUGUGAUAUUUCAAUGUGUUGUAAUUCUCUUUGACUAUGCUGUCUUUAAUUGUUUUCAUUUUUGAAUAAACAUGAUUUUUCUUAAAUAAAA